UGUGAACUUAGCCUAUGGAAAGUUAGCAGAAGGGUUUUCCAGUCCUUGAAAGAUUCUAAACUUCUGUCUCUUAUCAGUGCCGUCAGUUUUGCCAUCUCUGCGUCUUCCAAGAUUUCCAUCAGCCAGUCUUCCUUUGAAGAUUAGGCUGGUGCUGAUGACUGCAAACAACUAGCUUUCAGACCUGGAAACUGAGUCAGUUUUGUCCAGUUUCUCAGAAGAUCAGAAGCAUCACCCACCCAUAUAGGUGGGGGUUACCUUCCGAGGCACUGUGUGCAUAGGUGAAAUUGUGUUUAAUUGAAGCACCCGUUGAAAAACCCUGCAGACUAAAACCUCUGGGAACCCCAGAAAAAAAGACCCUUUUACAAACCAGCAGCCCUACUGGACGGGUAGGAAUGGUGGCAAUGGAGGCACUCAGUCUUCCUCAUUGCUGAAGGAUGAUUUGCAAACAAUGACAAACAAGGUAGACUGGUACCCCCAAAGUGCUUGGCUGUGGGUGAGACUCACUUGGUGGAGCUGAUGGUGUCUUGAGGAGGAACAUGAUGAUGGGCAGCUGGCACUUCUGUCUCUUCAGUUGGUCAGGACAUUUUUGGGCAGCCUCAUGGUCCAUGGAUGCAGUUUCAACACAGAUGGUGCAUAUGUUUCUGAUGAUGUGAAAUUCUUACAUCGCCUGUGAAGAAGCACGAACGGAGUUAUAAGAGCAUAUUUUUAGCUAACUUGCUAGCAUCCAUGAGACAUUUCCUAGUGGAAGAUUUCUGAUACAAUGGAGAUUCUGCUUCUGAAGGGACUAUUCUUGGUGCUGGCCAGCUGCUUCCUGGGGCUCUUCUACUAUCAACACACACUUGUCUCUGCGAGUGGGAAAAGAUCAGGCUACAAAAAACCCAAUUUCAUAAUAAUUUUAGCAGAUGAUAUUGGAUGGGGAGAUCUUGGGUCCAACUGGAACCUGAAAAAAGACACGCCUCACUUGGAUAAGAUAGCAACGGAAGGCAUGAGAUUUCUCGAUUUCCAUUCAGCGGCAUCCACCUGUUCCCCAUCACGAGCCUCUCUGCUUACAGGCCGCCUUGGCCUUCGCAAUGGAGUGACCCACAAUUUUGCUGUCACCUCGGUGGCUGGCCUCCCGUUGAAUGAGACAACCUUGGGAGAUGUUCUGAAGGAAGCUGGCUACCUCACUGCUGUGAUAGGGAAAUGGCACUUGGGACACAACGGCCCUUAUCAUCCCAACUUUCGUGGUUUUGAUUACUACCUGGGGAUACCCUAUAGCCAUGAUAUGGGCUGCACUGACACACCGGGCUAUAACCUCCCUCCUUGCCCAGCUUGCCCCGGGCACACUGCAGCAAUGAGGAAACAUCAGAAAGACUGUUAUCCUGAAAUAGCACUACCUCUUUUUGAAAACCUCACAAUUGUCCAACAGCCCGUGGACCUAACCAGCCUGGCUGCAAAAUACACAGAGAAGGCGAUUCAGUUCAUUCAGUAUGCAAGCCGGAGUGGACACCCAUUCUUCCUAUAUAUCGCCCUGGCUCAUAUGCAUGUGCCUUUGACGUUGGCUCAGCCAACAUGGGACCUGCCUGGACAAGAUCCAUACGGAGCAAACCUGAGGGAGAUGGAUGCCCUGGUGGGACGAAUAAAACACAAAGUUGACAGCACCGCGAAGGAAAACACGCUCCUCUGGUUCACAGGAGAUAACGGGCCUUGGGCUGAGAAGUGUGACUAUGCGGGCAGUGUCGGUCCCUACACGGGGAGAUGGCAAACAAGAAGAGGCGGGAGCUCAGCAAAGCAAACGACCUGGGAAGGGGGUCACCGGGUUCCCACGCUUGCCUACUGGGCAGGGAAGAUCCCGGCAAAUGCCACGAGUCCUGCGAUGUUGAGCACUUUAGAUAUAUUCCCUACCUUGGUGUCUCUGGCAAACGCAAGCCUCCCUCCCAACAGACAGUUUGAUGGUAUGGAUGUGUCUGAGGUCCUCUUCGGGCAGUCGAACAAAGGACACCAGACGUUGUUCCAUCCCAACAGUGGGGCAGCUGGAAAAUAUGGAGAGAUACAAGCUCUUCGGGUGGACCAGUACAAGGCCUUUUAUCUCACAGGUGGUGCCAAGGCCUGUGAUGGGAGCAUUGGGAAGGAACAACGCCAUCAGCCACCUCUCAUUUUUAACUUACAGCAUGACAUCCAGGAGGCGGCACCACUGGACACUGAGACUGCGGAAUACCGUGCUGUCCUGCCAGUGGUGAACAAGGCUCUCCUGGACAUUCUGUGGAAUAUUGCAACAGACAAUGUCUCUACAGCGGACUACUCUCAUGACCCAGCUGUGACACCCUGCUGCAACCCACAGCAUUUGGUCUGCCGGUGCCAGUUGGCUUAUUCCAACUCAUCCCAGAGAUGCUGAGCUGAUACGGAAAGUGAAGCCUACAAGACUUAAGGCAGGAUGGUCCACAACAUACGAAGGAAAAUAAGGGAGGCAAUUCUCAUUGUGGAUCUCCAGACACGAUUCUCUGAAAAUAGCAACUGAGGCAUGGUGUACAGUAGAAAGAAAAAGGGAUUCUAUUUGCAAGCAGAUGCAGCAGUUCCACUGGUAAAACUUAAUCAAGACUGACAUCUUUAGGGCUCCGUUCAAAACAACAAGACAGAACGCAAGGCGACAGCUGCUGCUGCUGACACGAUGGUGACUUUAUUAACAGGCUGGUCCUACCUCGAGAGCCCAGCAAUGGAAGAGCAGCUCCAUCACUAGCACGACUGCUGCCUGGUCAGCACUUGCUCACUGCACCUGCCCAUUUCCCCUUAAGUAAUGCUUCUACCUGCGCUACCAUUUUAUACUGCUGCCUGUCCUGCAGGUCUUUUCCUCCACCCAGCCCAACAUGCAAAUAGCAAAGCUGGGGGGCUGAGCAUCUUGCUGGUAUGGCAAAGCUACCAGCAAUAGGACUGGGUUGGGAAGGAAUGGGGGCAUGGGCUGCAGUUGCCCAGAACCCACAAAAGCCAAAGCCACGAGUCAGUUUUAUCAUUUUCGUUUUGGUCACUUAAUCCAAACACACAUUCAAAGGACCAAACAGAUGCCCUUAAACAUGCCUCUUUCUGACAUUUGAAGGAUUCCUCCCACCUCUUCCAUCUCGGAGGUGUUGCUGAAGCUGUGAAUGCAGAAAUGCAGACUUGAACUCUGAGCGUGCCCUCCUCUUGGGAAGAUAAGAGGGUUUGGGUGGGAAUCAAUUAAAUGGUCUGGAAGCAUCUGCAGCUGUAGCACUGCUGAACCUCCGCAGGAAUGGACCUGCUCAGUCAGUUCCCUGGGCCUGGGA